AUGAUAGUGGCAAAUAUUUCUUUGCUAAUGAUUUGUCUGCAAAUCACCUCCAGCAUUACAACCGCCGGUGCAGACCCACCAGGAAUAAAUAUAACAGGUGGUAUCAAUAAACUCGCACCGAAUUGCGAAACAACAGUCAAGAGGUUAUGUGAGAAGGAUGAAUUAAAGAAAGGUGCGAUAACAAAGAUUGAUGUGAAACUCCGCGAAUGCCGCCUACAUUGCUAUUCUAAUGGUGGUACGCACGUUUCGAGUAUGCAUCUUCCUGAUACCAUGCCAUGUGCCCUUGGAGCGACAUGCCAAGAUGGAAACUGCGUUUGCGAAGCCUGCAAUCAAAUAGCACCACGCCCACCAAGAUGAGAAGUGAAGCGACUCUAAACC